AUGACCGUCUCAAAUGACUCGGCAGAACGAGACCCUCUGCUCCAACGUCUGUCAUCGCCACCCCUGUCUAGAGAUGCCAAGGAUGAAGAAUCAGCCAUUUCAACAUCUAGAGGAGCAUUUAUCGUGGUCAAUGUUGGUUUAUUGAUCUUCCUGCAAGCUACCAACAUAUCUAUACUCACCACGACACAAUCAUCCAUCGCUGCGGAUUUAGAUGCUUUUGAGAAUGCUAGCUGGUUUACGUCUGCAUAUCUCAUUGCCAUGUCAUCGCUAGCUCCCUUGAUGGGCAGACUAUGUCAAAUAUUCAGCCCACGUUUGUGCAUGUUCUUUUCUACCAUGUUGAUUUGCAUUGGAUUGAUCAUUACAUCUACCUCGGUGUCAUUCGGGCACUUCGUCUUGGGCCGAGUUAUCACUGGAGCGGGUGGUGGGGGCAUCUUCAUUGUCGCUAGUAUCAUGGCAAUCCAGAUGACAAGUCCCAAACGAAGAGGAUUGUACAUGGGUCUUGCCAAUACUGCAAUGACAGUCGGCGUCUCGCUUGGAGCCGUAAUUGCAGGUGCCCUUGAACCUAGAAUCGGAUGGAAACCACUCUUCGGCAUCCAGGCACCGUUGAGUCUCAUCGCCGGCUUUGGUCUCUUGUUUUCGAUUCCAGCAAGCCAUACAUCCAAGAAUAUCAAGUAUGACCAUCUUUCGAUUCGCGACAAACUUACCCGUAUCGACUAUUCCGGAUCGGUGUUGUUGACUACCACGAUUGUACUCUUCCUUUUCGGUCUGUCAGGUCCGAAAGUUCUUGCCCUACCUCUCAUACUAUCAGCACUCGCUCUACCAAUCUUCGUGCUUAAUGAAGCCUACGUAGCCAGCGACCCUGUCAUCCCAGUCUCCGUUCUACGGUCUUGUGGGACCUUGUUGACCUGCCUUGCCACGACUGGCUUCAUGAUGGCUCGUUGGAGUAUCCUUUUUUACACUCCAGUGUACGCGAUUGCUGUUCGAGGAUGGGCGCCCGCAGUUGCCGGAUCAAUUCUCAUACCAACAAAUGCGGGAUUCGCAACUGGUGGGUUACUUGCGGGCGUCUUCCACAUCAAGCGAACCGGAAGCUUCUACCUGCACACCGUCAUCGCCAUGGCAGUAUUUCCCGUCGCCAUGACCGUACUCGCACUCAUAUCAACGCCUUCAAGUCCCUGGGGUCUGUACGUCGUCAUGGUCUUUGUGAAUGGCCUUGCCACUGGUGCUGCAAUGAACUACGCGCUCGUCCACCUCCUUCAUCUCACACUACCGGAGAUGCAUCCGAUUGUCAUUUCUCUCCUUGCGACCUUUCGUGGCUUCUCCGGUUCGUUCGGUUCGGCGAUUGGUGGCGGAUACUUUGUUCGUGUGCUACACAAGUCCUUGGACAAUGGCUUUGCGAGAGCCGGGUUGAAGAAUCGCGACGAACUCACCCGAAGACUACUGGGAAGUCCUGCGUUAGUAGGUCAACUGGAGGGGAAGGACCGGGAAGUCGCCAUCGGGGCUUACGCGGAUGCACUCAAAGCAUUGUUUCUGUGUGCUGUCGGACUGUCAGUCAUUGUAGUGUUUGUACAAGCAUGCACGGGCUGGAGGGAGCCUGAGAAGACUGAAGAGCAGAGAGCCAACGAGGCCGAAGAAGAAGACGGCGUGCCUGUCGGCGCUUGA